AUGACAGAAAUGGCUGAAGACAAUAGCAAUGAUCUGGCUUCUAGGAUCCUACAGAGAGCUCAAAUGGCUCAAAUGACGCGUCAAUUGAAAUUGGGAUUGAGUCAAAUACCAAAGAAUCAAAUUAAUGAUGAUACACCUCAUGCAACAUCUACUAGCAACAAUAACAAUAACAAGAGAGCUGGUGAUAAUUUUCUAUUAAAGAAGGAAACUUCACCUUUGAAGAAACAAUCAACUGAAACCAGUAUUAGUACUACUAAUAAUAAUAAUCCGAAGAAUCUUAAUAUUAAUAAAGAAAAAUUUAAUAAAAAUGAAAAUAAGAUUAUUGGACCUUCUUCACCAAGUUCAAAUUCUCCAAUGAAAGUUAUGCCAUCUACUCCAGGAAGGUCAACAAAUACAAAUAAUCAUAGAUUUCUUACUACACCAAAUCAAAAAACGUUUAAGAAAAAUAAUAAUGGUGAUAAUAGCAGCAAUUCUGCAGGUGAUGAUACAGGUGCAGAUUUAUUAAUGUAUUUGGCAACAAGUCCAUACACCAAGCCAUCCACUUCAUCUUCAAUAAAUCAACAUAAAUUAAAUAAUUUCAUGAAAAUUCCAACAACUCCAUCUUCAUCGUCCUAUUCAAAUCAUCACAACCCAAAUGAUGAGGCUAUACGAUUAUCGAAUAUGAAACCUUCACUUUCUUCGCCACAAUCUACUUUCAAAGUUCCUCAUUUAGUGGCUCAUAAUGGAACUUCGUCAUUAGCAUAUCAGGACGUCCUAAUGGAUUCAUCUUCACUUUAUAUGAAUUCUAUGCAUACAUCAAAUAAUGGAAUGAGUCCUCAAAAGAAAAAGAUGAGUCCUCAGCAAUCUCAGGUACCAACGGCAAUACCGACAACACCAUCUCGUGAAUCAGCUACUACAACUAAAUCUGGGAAUAUAAUAAAUGGAUCAACUAAUAAUCAAAGAGAUCAAUUAGGGUUACCAGCAGGAAAUAAUUCACAAUCUAAUAAUAAUAAUUCAGGAACUAUAUUUAAUAAUUUGAAUUUGCUAAAAACACCUAAUUUUAAUAUGGGAGAUUAUAUUCACAAUUUAUUUAGUCCCUCUCCAAAUGUAUCAACCAGUCAAGCUAGCCAGUUCAAUAAUGUAGCUGUAGGCUUGAAUAAAACUGGCAUGGUGAAUGAAUCGGCAAGUGAUGCAUUUAAUGGAUUAUUAGCAGCGUCUUCAAAUAAACAACAACAGUCCAUUACGACUUCAACAUCCACAUCAGCAUUGGUGGAUAAGACUAAUAAUGACUUAUGA